AUUGGUUUUUCCUGGCCAGGGUACAUUUAUGUCGAGUAGAUUUAUGAUAAUAUGGCAUCAGCUAUGGAAUUUCAUUAGUACGUUGAGCCCUAAGGACUGUAUAACAAUAAGACUACGGCUUACUAAGCUGCAAAGAUGGCCUUGGCUUCUUCUGUACAAGUGGUUCUGGGAUCACUUGCUUUCGCAAUCUUCUGGGUAUUGGCGGUCUUCCCAGCCUUUCCUUUUCUACCAAUUGGGAGGACUGCUGGGUCCCUCCUGGGUGCUAUGCUAAUGGUUGUAUUCCGAGUCUUAACUCCAGAUCAAGCAUAUGCUGCAAUUGAUCUACCAAUCCUUGGUCUUCUCUUUGGGACAAUGGUUGUCGGUGUCUACCUAGGAAAAGCAGACAUGUUCAAGUACUUGGAAAAUCUUCUCUCAUGGAAGAGUAAAGGAGCAAAGGACUUACUUUGUCGAAUCUGCCUGAUUUCAGCCAUUUCAAGUGCCCUUUUUACUAAUGAUACCUCUUGUGUGGUAUUAACUGAAUUUGUCUUAAAAAUUGCAAGGCAACAUAAUCUCCCGCCUCAACCUUUCCUUCUUGCCCUGGCCUCUAGUGCAAAUAUUGGGUCUUCAGCGACUCCAAUUGGCAACCCUCAAAAUUUGGUUAUAGCUUUUCAGAGUAAGAUAUCUUUUAGGAGUUUUCUAAGUGGAAUUCUCCCUGCAAUGCUAGUGGGAGUGGUUGUUAAUGCUCUAAUUCUUCUAUCCAUGUAUUGGAGGCUGUUAUCAAUUCAGAAUGAUGAAACAGAUGCAGCUGUAGAUGUUGUUGAAGAGGAGGAUGUGGAUUCUCAUCGCUUUUCACCAGCCACGAUGUCACAUAUCACAUCCUUGAAUUCUCAGAAGUGGUACUCUAGAUUGGAAACUAUAAAUGUGCAAGGCUCUCCCAACGUGCAUGGCAACAUGGGUCAUGUUGAGACCAUCAGAAACCGGUUAAGUUCAAAUGAGAAUGAAAUCCAUAGGGUCCCUUGUGGCACGUUGGAUUCGGCAAGGAUGUUGUGGAAGUCGUGUGUUUACCUUAUUACUAUAGGAAUGUUGAUUGCUUUGCUCAUGGGGCUGAAUAUGUCAUGGACUACAAUUACUGCUGCACUUGCUCUUGUGGUUCUUGAUUUCAAGGAUGCUAGGCCUUGCCUUGAAAAGGUCUCCUAUUCGCUUUUGAUUUUAUUUUGCGGAAUGUUUAUCACAGUAGAUGGCUUUAACAAAACUGGAAUCCCAAGUACUCUAUGGGACCUCAUGGCGCCUUAUGCACAGAUUGAUCAUGCUAGAGGGAUAGCAGUUCUUGCCAUUGUCGUUCUUGUCCUGUCCAAUUUGGCUUCAAACGUACCAACUGUUUUAUUGCUGGGAGGACGAGUGGCAGCAUCGGCAGCUGCAAUUUCUGCAGCUGAUGAGAAGAAGGCAUGGCUCAUCUUAGCUUGGGUUAGCACGGUAGCAGGGAACCUCUCAUUACUGGGAUCAGCUGCCAACUUAAUAGUGUGUGAAGAGGCUCGCAGAGCUCCACAUCUUGGGUACACUUUAUCUUUUUGGAGCCAUCUCAAAUUUGGACUCCCCUCGACCCUUAUAAUCACUGCUAUUGGUUUGAUACUCAUAGAUGAUCAUAUAUGUUGUGUUGGUUUGACAAAACUUUUUAGAUGGUGUUUUUUGCGACAUGGUUGUUAUGUGCCACAGCUUGAAGGAAAAAGUGGCCAACAUUUGCAGUUGAUCUGCGACUAUCUCAAGCCAGUGCACUACAAGCAGCACAGCUACAUUGUCAGGGAGGGAGAAUCACUUGAUGCGAUGCUCUUCAUAACGCAAGGCAUCAUAUGGAACUUCACCACAAUUAAUGGUGAGAGAAGGAAUAAGUGUAUUGAGGAAGGUAAUUUCAAUGGAGAAGAACUUCUAGAAUGGGGGUUGGAUUCCCCCGCCUUACCUGACCUAUCUGAACUCCCAAUAUCUCUCAAAACUGCGAAAACGCAUACAAAAGUUGAAGCCUUCGCUCUAAUGGCCAACGACUUGAGGACUAUAGUUUGCAAAAGCAGUUUCUGCUGUACAAGCUGCAGCUUUCCUGCGCUAAUGACCAACCAGGAAGAUAUUUGA